GUAACAAACCUAACCUGUUGGAAUCCCUUUUGUUAGAUAACCCACUAGAGGGAGACAUCAGUAAACAACAAAGUGAGGAAAAUGAAGGACGAAGAAUAGAAGGAAAUGACUAUGACAACUUACUUAAACAUUUAGAUAUACAAUUUGGGAAAAUGAAAGAAGAGAUUCAAGCAAAUACUUUGGAGAUUAAGAAAGAAUUACUGACUCUUGGUUCACGAAUCCAAGGUAUUGAGGAAAAACUAGACCUGAUGGAACAAAGGGAAAAGGUCAUCCGAGAAGAAUAUACAGCAAUAUAA